AUGGACUCGGAACCGUCAAUAGCUCAGGACCUCAAGUUACUAUGUGCCCAUCCUCCCAUAGAGAAGGCUCUAGCAGACUGUGUCAGAAAAUCAUGCAGUUUUCCCGACCAGCAGAAAGUUGGAACUGUGAACAAUGAUCUAUGUAAAGACGAGCCCGUUGAAAGCAGAGUCGUGAUUGCGACAUCAAUCUUGGGACUUCUUGGAGUCAUUACAAAUAGUGCCGUCGGCUUGCGACUAUACACUCGAAUCAGGCUCGCGAGAGGGAUCGGAUACGACGACUACCUGAUUAUUGCAGCCAGCCUCGUUCUUGGAUACGUGCAAAUAUCAGGCACUAUUGAGGUGAUUGCUUUUGGACUGGGCAAGCACACUUUCAAUGUAGAUCCAAGGUUCCACUUACCCAACCUCUAUCUGUAUUGGUCAGAUGAGAUUGCAUACCAGAUUACCAUCACACUCAUCAAAAGCUCCAUUCUCUGCUUCUACCUGAGGUUGUUUCCUGGCGAGCGAUUUCGUGCCGCCUGCUUUGUAAUGAUAGGCAUCACAGUUGCCACAGGCCUCGGGUUCUUGGGCGUCACCAUAUUUCAAUGCAAGCCAAUUCGAGGUGUUUUUGACAAAAGUAUUCCAUCGACCUGUCUGGAUGUUAAUGCUCUAACGUAUGCGUCGAGCGCCACGUCAAUCGCCAUUGACUUCACAAUUCUCUUGAUGCCAGUACCGCAAUUGCUCAAACUGCGGGUACCCAAGAGACUCAGUACUGCUGCUAUUUAG